CAGUCAUCGCUUUUCAUUAGCUCGGAUCCUAGAUAUAUGUGGAUAUGGUGGUGACGGAAAAGGGUUCGUGGAUCAUGGAAGAGAGAUUGUUGUCAUAAAGCCAUUAAAGAUGGAUUCCAACCAAAGGGAGAACACGUUCCGGAAUGUGAUUGUGGCACUAUGGGGUCUUCGACAUGUUUCCCUUAUUGGUCACUGCAGGGAGCAACAAGGGGUGGCUAGGAAAAGCAAUAACUUUUUUCCUCAAUCUUGGAAGCAACGACUCCAGAUCUGCAUUGACACUGCUCCCAAGGUCAUACAUCAUGAUCUGAAGCCUGCAAAUAUUCUGCUUGUGGCUAGGCUUGCAGAUUUGGUCAUGUAAAUGUGAAGAGCGAUGUAUAUGGAUUUGGCGUGUUGUUACUAGAAGUGCUAAAAGGUUUGAAAGAAAUUGACCUGAGACAUAGCGGUGAACAACAAAACUUGGUUGUUUGUAUGAAGCCGCGCUUAUCUGACCAGAGGAAACUGAUCCAUACAAACAGCAGGUCCACGAUGGUCGGAACAACUCGUGGCAUGCAUGCAGUUGAAGUACCAGUUAUCUACAGAGAUUUCAAAGCUUCCAACAUUCUUCAAGAUGAAUUGAAAGGUCUUAAAAAUGAGGCCCACGUUCCAGCCCAAGCUCCGGCUCACAGUGAUUGGUCGAAGCACACGACGGAUGUUGAAUAUCCUCAGACUACACUGCCUCUCCAAAAACAGGCUUGCAACCCACAGACUGGAGUGGGGAUCAUCAACAGUAUACUCUUAUCUAUCCUGUGAUUGUGAUUUCUAGUAAUCUCUAUACUCUAUUGACCCCAAUAUCUUAUUGUAAAACACUUGGUAAAUAAGAGUGGAAAAUAAAAAAAAAGAGUAUAGAGUUAGUUGAAGCAUAAACUGACGUGCUUAUGUUCAAUGUGUGUGUGCUUGAUAU